AUGUGGGAAGAAUCAUUAUGGUCUUUCAAGAGAGAUUCUGGUGCAUGUUUUAAUUAUGGCAGCUUUGAUCAUAAAGUGAAGGAUUGUCCUAAUCCUAAUAAUGUUCCUCCGUUGCACACUAAGGGCUCAAUUCAGAAGUCUUCUAAUAAUCCUCCUCAAACCAAUAGAGGUGCAAGGACUAAAAAUAACCAAGCAGCGGGGAAAAAUAGAGCAAAUCAAACUAGCGGGUCAAGAGCUACUGCACGAGCUUAUGCUAUAAGGCAAAGAGAUGAUCAAGAGGGACAGAACGUGGUUGUCGAAAAUCUUCCUGGGUUGCCACCGGAAAGAGAAGUUAAAUUUCCGAUCGAGCUUAUUCCUGUAUCUACCCCUAUUUCUAUCACUCCUUAUAGAAUGGCUCCAACAAAAUUAAGGGAAUUGAAAACUCAAUUGCAAGAACUUCUUGAGAAAGGUUUUAUUCGUCCAAGUGUUUCUCCUUGGGGAGCCUCUGUGUUGUUUGUGAAGAAGAAAGAUGGCACUCUUAGACUUUGUAUUCACUAUAGAUAA